CAAAAUCAAAAUGAAUAUUUUUCAUGUGGAAAACUUUAUUCUUAACAAUAUUACUUUUAAUUAAUGUAAACUCCAAACUGGUUGCCAUCCAAAGAAAACAAAAACAUAUAACAGUAAAUCCCGUUAUAGCUGGAGAUAACUCUAAAAUUAAAGACGACGAAGUAACCUUUUAUCUAUACAACACAAAAGUGAACAACUAUAAAGUAAACGUCGAAGACAAUGGAAAAAAAUUUUACGAAAAAGAUGGGGUGAAAAUAUUAAUACAUGGUUGGGGUGGAGACAACGAAACUUUUUGGUAUUCCCCGAUGAGAAUUGCGUACGUUAAAAAAGGGUUUAAUGUUGUUUUGGUGGAUUGGAGCUUAGAAGCGCAAACGAAUUUUAAUAACGCCGUCAAUAAAAUACCAUUUAUAGCAGAAAUAAUAACUCAAUUUGUUAUUGAAUUAUCUAAAACGAUUGUUAUAGAACAAUUUCAUCUGAUUGGCCAUUGUCUUGGUGCUCAUAUUGCUGGAGUUGUAGGCAAAAAAAUGUUUUCUCAAAAUCAUGAAAAAAUAUGGAGAAUAACGGGUCUUGAUCCUACAGGGUUAAGUUUUAAUCAUAUAAAAGAUACAAAACGAUUAUCUAAAGAUGAUGCUGUACAUGUUGACACAAUUCUUACAGAUUCUGGAUUAAAUGGAAUGGGUUUAAAUCGCACCAUUGGGCAAAUUAAUUUUUUCCCAAACGGCGGAAUAGCUUCUCAACCGGGAUGUCUACGUUUUCCUUGUAGUCAUAACAGGGCUGCGCUUUAUUUUCAAGAAAGUAUAACUUCGAAAAACUUUAUUGCAAGAAAAUGUGACAACUUCUUACAUUAUACGAAUAAAAAAUGUUCCAAUAAUCUGGUUAAUAUACUGGGAGAUAAAACUUAUUUAGACGUAAAAGGCGAUUUUUAUUUAAGUACAUCGUCGCAAUCACCGUUCGGAUUAGGAGAUACUUAAGAUGUAACGUUUUUAUAAUUUAAAAAUAAAAUUAUUGGAAUUUUUAA